GCGCCAGUCUCACUUCCAUCUCCUAGCUCUUCCAACAAACACACUAUCAGCCAGCCACUCUUCAAUAUGAAACUCGGUUCCGCACUCGUAGCCUUGUCGACGCUCACCGCUGGCGUUACCUAUGCCGCUGUCGUCGACCGCAUCCUCUUGAUGGGCGUAUUUCGAGUCUCAACCACGGUCGGGUGCCCCUUAGGACCCUCAGAUCUCAACCAAAUUGGCCUCGGCGCGGAUAGCCCCGACUGCCGCAACUUCUAUGCCAACACCACGUACGGAUCCAUCGACGUCCUAAGCUGGUCUCAGUACUGCCAGCUCACCCUCUUCAACACGUUGGACUGCUCUGAAGGGGGCAUUGUCUCCGGGCUGGGAUGCUGGUCUCCGCCCGGCGGCAUCAAGGCUUACAAGGCGACUUGCCCCUGGAAGGUAUGGUGAAUGGGGAUGGGGGAGGCUCGGAGGCAAGGCCAGAAUUGAUUGUGAUUUGGUCUUUUGGUAUUGAUGGCCCGGAGGCUACCUCAGCACGAAUCGAUCGAGCCUCUAAUAAGGUCUCACGCGUUGUGAACUUUUUUUGGAUACUUUGCUGGCCACCUAGUUUCUCAUUUACAGAAAAUCUACGUUCCCAAUCCGCGGAUAUGAUGCCACAAGUGGACUUAAUGGGAGCGCAACAAAGUUAUCUAGGUAUGGAUACCUAAUUAAUUACGUCUAUAUAUCGGAACAUGUCACGACAAUAGGGAUUAGUGAGCAAAAGAAGGACCUAGACGCUGCCACUUGAUUCUUCGCCACCAGAUUUUGCCACUAUUCAUAGCUAACUAUAAAAGAGAGACUUUUGGCUCUCCCAAAGGAAACAAAAAGUCAGACCUUUUCAGACAAUUCAAGCCUUACCUCCCUGCAUCAAAUGCUUCAUUUCCGUUGCCCCGUGAAUGCGCGUGACA